AAGUUGUACCUCCUCUAACGAUAAUGACAACCCUUAUCCUCUCUAUAAACUGCCCAUCUAUACAAUCUUAAACCAAAAUUAAUAAACAGCGUAAAGGAAAGGCAGGUCGUGGGUUAGGACUAGCGAUUCAUCUUCACAGUGUUCAUUAUUUGUUUGGUUCGUGGAUUAUGUACAACAGUGAAAUACAUUAAGUUUCAUUCUGAAGACUGCAAGGCAGGCCAGAUCUUCUGCUUACAGAUUAUUGGACCUGUGAAUUUUUCAAAUUAGUGGGUUUUGUAGGUUACAUAAGAUUUCUUGGAAAUGCAAGACGAGGAUGUAUCUAAAUCGAAAGUGCAAAAACGGAAGUCAUCAACCCAAACACCUCCUGUAGGCCAACUUCAGGCAUACAAUGAGGGAUGGCAAGAAGACACACCAAAGGUGCCAAAGUCAUCACAAAAGAGUCAGAAGGCUGAGAAUCCUUUAAAAAGAUUUGAAGCUUCAAGAUCUCCACAGGAUAAUGGUCUGCCUGAAUCAUCACCGCUGACUGCAAAACCAGGUAAUGAAUAUCGUGCCUUAAGGCGGAAGUACUUGCUUCUGGAGGAAGAAGGCUUUGCUCUUAGGGAAGAGCUUGAACAAGUUGAUGCUGAUGUGAAAAAGCUAGAAGAGGAGAAAUUUGCACUCUUGGAUGAGCUUGUGGUUUUGGAGGGUCUAGUUGAUCCUCCAAGCACCGAGUCUCCAAGCCAAAAGAUUCAAGUGUAAUACUUCAGUUUUUGCUGUUCGCAAACUUUUCACGUUCUGGUGCUGGGCACAUAUUAUUGUAUAGAAGCAUAUCAUAUUUUAAAACACUGAAUACAGGUGUUGAGUUCAUGGUUAAUAUAUUUCUUUGGAGGUGCAGUCAGAGUACUUGUUUAUCUUCCAGCAACAAUCUCCUCUGAUUGACACGUAGAAUUUUGGCAUCUAACAGGAUGCACAAAAUAUUUGUAUAAAGACCCUUUAAGUAGGUGCGAAUGUUUUGACACUGAAUCAUCUAUUGCUACUCGAGUUUUAUA